UCGCUUGCUCUCUCACACACUCCUCUCUCACGACUGCUCUUUCUCACCAACCCCUCCAUCAAAUUCGCCGAUCCCUCCUCUCUCUCUCUCUCUAGAAUUGUUGGGUUGUCGGCAUGGAUUUCAUCCCCUACUGCAUCAUUUUCGCUAUCCUAUUAUCAGCCAUUGGAUCAGCAGACGCAUCAAUCCACGCCUAUCACGGAGAUGCAUUCAGAGAAGUCGGCAGUGCCUACCUUCUCUCCGGCGGCAGCGAAGGCAUCGUCGCUUCUCGCUCCGCCACUCCUCUCGCCGGCAAUGCGAUCCACGACGGCCAAUCUUAUAUCAGAUUUGAGAAUAUCACAUUCUGGAGGACUAAAGAAGCUGCGGACCAGCGCUCAAAAAUGGAACACGGUACAGGCUUGAUACAAGUUAUAAUAUUUGAGGCCGCUGAUCGAGAUAAUAUUGGUGGUUCAGCUUAUGGUGGGCAGAGAUCUAUCUGCUGCACCCCUGAUCUUGCUAAGCUGGAAGGUUGUAAGCAAGGUGAAGUCAUUAGAAUACAUUCUAAAACCAGUAAGAAGUGGCCUAUCAUCUUAAAUGUACAGUUCAAAAGAAACUACCUAUCCACACAAAUGGAUAAUAAAGUGGUUUACAUAAAAAAGACUGGGAUGUACAACUUGUUCUUUAUAUCAUGUGAUCCAAAACUCAAGGGACUGACAAUGAGUGGCAAGACAUUGUGGAAGAAUCCUGAUGGAUACUUACCUGGCAGAAUGGCUCCCUUAAUGAAGUUUUAUGUGAUCAUGUCUCUCGCAUAUGCAUUGCUUAGUCUCAUUUGGUUCUCUCAGUACAUGAGAUUUUGGAAGGACAUAUUGCAACUUCAGCAUUGCAUUGCUGUUGUUAUUGGUCUUGGAUUACUUGAGAUGACUCUCUGGUACUUCGAGUAUGCACACUUCAAUAAUACAGGAAUACGGCCAGUUGGAAUUACAACUUGGGUUGUGACAGUUGGAGCCAUAAGGAGAACUCUUUCACGCCUUCUGAUACUCUGUGUUUCAAUGGGCUACGGUGUGGUGCGUCCUACUCUUGGUGGUCUUACCACAAAGGUGCUGCUUCUUGGUGUAACUUAUUUCUUGGCAUCUGAAUUGCUGAAAAUUACUGAAUAUGUGGGAACUAUAAAUGACGUAGCAGGAAGAGCAAGGGUCUUUCUAGUCCUUCCUGAUGCAUUAUUGGAUGCAUUUUUAAUAUUGUGGAUUUUCACUUCUCUUUCAAGGACACUAGAGCAGCUACAGGCAAAGAGGAGUUCUGUCAAGUUGGAUAUUUAUAGAAAGUUCUCAAAUGCAUUAGUAGCAACAGUGAUUGCUUCAGUUGCUUGGAUAGGAUAUGAGGUCUACUUCAAAGGAACAGAUCCAUUCAAUGAGAGGUGGCAGAGUGCUUGGAUGAUCACUGCUUUUUGGGAUAUUCUUGCAUAUUUAUUGCUAUGUGUUAUCUGCUAUCUCUGGGCCCCAUCACAGAGCUCUCAACGUUAUGCUUAUUCCGACAAAAUGAGAGAGGAGUCGGAUGAUGAUGAAGCUCAAUCCCUAUGCAGGGAAUCACCAAAUGGUGAUAUCAAUUUAGUCAAAGUGCAGAGAAAGGAGAAGAAUGCUGAAAGUACUGAUGUUUUCAAUCUCGAAGAUGAUGACUCAGAAGAGGAUAAAGGGGAAUGAUUGUUGCAAAAGAAAAUACUUAAAUGAAAUAUUGCAAAAAAAAAAAGAAAAAAAGAUUGCCUUCUUGAUUUUGUGUAUUUUCCUUCGCAAUAUUGAUUUUGUAAAUGCACCAUAUUGAUUUUUGUAAAUGUUAAAGAAGGGCAGCAGUGGUUCUCACAGGAA